AUGAGUGAACCCGAGAAGAAGAAAACCAAAACACCAGCAGCCAACAACAACACCAAACCUCUUCCGAAGAAUGAAGAAUUGGAACAAAUCAGAAAAACACUCCUUCUCUCUUUGGUUCCAUCCAUGAAUGAUAAGAGUGAAAUUUAUAACACUAAACAAAUUAUUUCAUUAGCCGAUAAAAAUUCAAACAAAAUUCGAGAGGGUGAUAUGGUGGUUUUCUUCAUUAACCAUGAUAUUAUGAAAGCGGAAGUGAUUAAAAAGGGACAUACUUUUGAUUGUCGGUUUGGUUCCUUUUUACAUGAGAAUAUCAUUGGAAAACCUUUCGGUUCUAAAAUAUAUAGUCAUGUCGAUAAACGUCCUCGUAAAAAGGAUGACGACUCGACUACCGACACCAAAAGACCCUUUGUCUACGUUCUCAAACCAACUCCUCAUUUGUGGACACUUGUUUUAAAGCACAGAACUCAAAUUUUAUAUCAUGCAGAUAUCAGUUUGAUUUUAACACAUUUCCGACUACGCCCAGGUAGCAUUGUUAUUGAAGCUGGAACUGGUAGUGGUUCUCUUUCGACAAGUAUUUCUAGGUCAAUUAUGCCAAACGGUCAAUUAUUCACUUUUGAAUAUCACAAGGAAAGAUUUUUGCAGGCUGUCAAUGAGUUUAGGUCCAAUGGACUCUACAAUAUUACCAUCACCAAUGGUGACGUUUGCCUCAAUGGAUUCAAUCCCAAUGAAACAACAUUACAUAUUAUUUUGAGCGAUACUUUGAGACCAAAACAUGAAGCCUCACUUAUUCUUGGCCAGGAUAAGACAGAAACUGUGGACGCUGUUUUCCUUGAUUUACCAAAGCCUUGGCUAUGCAUUCCUAAUGUUUUCAGACUUCUCAAAGUUGGAGGUAAAUUCUGUGGUUUCAGUCCAUGCAUUGAACAAAUUCAAGAGACUGCAAAUGCCUUGAGAGAAUUUGAUUUUGUUGAAAUCAAAACAGUGGAAUGUUUGGUGAAGGAGUAUAUGAGUUCUGUUGUGGAUAUGACAUCGGUGGAUCACUAUUUCACAAAGAAAGAUCAAUCAAGUUCAACUGCUGAACCUAGCGAUAAUAAUGGCACAGGAGAAGGCUCUUCAUCAUCUUCAACUACUCCUUCAUCUUCAGGAACAAUGCGAAAACUCUUCACUGCCGUUCCAGAAAUGAAAGGUCACACUGGAUAUUUGAUUUUUGCCACUAAAUUUCAUUUGAAAGAAUAA